UUUUUCUUUUUAUACGAAUGCUCGGGACUUCUUCAGUCGCUAAAUCCUGUGCCUCUGUGCUUGCUCGUGGUAUGGCUUCUAGUGUUAAGCCCUUCAACCGACUUGUGUUGGUGCGCCACGGAGAGUCCCAGUGGAACAAGGAGAACCGCUUCACUGGAUGGUAUGAUGUUCCUCUGUCGGAUAAGGGUAUUGAGGAGGCUCGUGAGGGUGGAAGACUCAUUAAGGCCGAGGGUCUGGAGUUCGAUGCUGCUUACACUUCUUGCUUGAAGCGUGCCAUCAAGACCCUUUUCCUGUCCCUGGAGGAGGCUGACCAGCUCUGGAUUCCGGUGACGAAGUGCUGGAGACUGAACGAGCGUCACUAUGGAGCCUUGACUGGACUUAAUAAGCAGGAGACUGUUGAUAAGCACGGUAUUGACCAGGUUAUGAUCUGGAGACGAAGCUAUGAUAUUCCUCCCCCAGCCGUGACGACUGAUUCUGAAUACUACCCUGGAAAUGAUCGUCGCUAUGCUGACAUUCCGAAGAAUGAGUUGCCCACUACCGAGUCCCUGAAGACGACCGCUGAGCGCUUCCUUCCCUAUUGGAAGGAGGAGAUCUUCCCUCGUGUGUUGAAGGGAGAGCGUCUGAUCAUUUCGGCUCAUGGAAAUUCUCUUCGUGCCCUGGUUAUGUAUCUGGACCAGAUCAGCGAGAAGGACAUUACCGGACUGAACAUUCCUACUGCUUGCCCUCUCGUUUACGAUUUUGAUGAGAAGGGAAACAUCAUUCCUCACCCUGAUGCCAUUGCUCCUCUUCGUGGUCAUUAUCUUGGUGAUCAGGCUGCCAUUCGUGCCAAGAUCAACAAGGUGGCCAACCAGACGAAGAAGAAGUAAGUAGGCAGCAAGCAAGCAAGCAAGCAAGCAAGCAGUCUAUGAUCUAUGUAUUGCCUGUUUCAGCUUCUUCUUUUUCUCGAUUCUAUUCUUAUUUUUAAACUACAACAACACUAAUUACUGUGUGUGUUAUUCUUGCAAA